AUGCCCUCUGCAAAACACCGACCAGCCACGUCGGGCUAUGCCCGUCUUGCGCAAGCAGAUGAUGAUAGAGAAUUCGAGUACCUGUCCGAUGACGAUCCUUACGCCGCACCCCCUACCUUGUCCUCCUCCGUCCCUCGGUAUGCCCCUAUUCGCCCGCCAGCGCAAAUGCAUGCGUCGAGACAAUCCUCCCCGAGUUACCGUAGCAGAAAGCCACGUUACGGAAUGAGUCGUCGAGGCAGAACCGAUUCAUCUGGCGUGGACAUAAAGGCAAUCAAUAUGAGGCUAGAGAAAUGGGCCGAAGAGAUUGCCUCGAAAUUCAAAAUCCACCGAGUCAAAGGCAAAACAAAUGAAGAAGAACGGCUUGAAAUCCACCAUACGGUCUUUCAACCUCCUGAAGGCGUCCGCCCGGUCACCGCAGCGUCCCUCGAAGCAGAACCCCCAGAAACCGGGCGCAUGACUGAAGCGGAAUUCAACGACAUUGUGGAGAGUGUACGGGUGGCGAUUGAGCUUGGAGUGCAUCCUAAAAUGAUUUCACAAGGUAGCUCUGGAAGUUACUUUGCCAGAAACAGUGAAGGAAAGGUAAUGGGAGUAUUCAAACCAAAAGACGAAGAGCCGUAUGCCUCGCGGAAUCCAAAAUGGACAAAGUGGAUACACCGAAACUUAUUCCCUUGCUUUUUCGGCCGGGCCUGCCUUAUUCCAAACCUGUCGUAUGUGUCUGAGGCUGCCGCUUAUGUGCUCGAUACCCGAUUAAAAACCCACCUCGUUCCAUAUACUGACAUCGUAUGGCUUUCUUCAAAAUCUUUCUAUUAUGACUUCUGGGAUCGAAGACGUGCAUGGAGGGGCAAGAAACCACUCCCAGCCAAGCAAGGCAGCUUUCAGGUUUUCCUCAAGGGGUACAAAGACGCAAACAUAUUUCUGCGCGAACACCCUUGGCCCGACCAGACUAAUACCGGCUUUCGGGCUGAAGAUGCGCCGCGGCGGAAGAAGAGGCCCUGGAAUGAGGCUUGUCGUCCGUCCGGUAUUCAUUCGGACGACGAGGACGAAUACCAAGACUCCCGUAUGCUCAGUCCUUCACCCCAGGAGGAUACACCGCGGAAAUUUCACUGGACAGAAAAUUUGAAGCAGGCAUUUAGAGAGGAGCUUGAAAAGUUGGUUAUUCUAGAUUAUAUUAUGCGAAACACUGACCGAGGGCUCGACAAUUGGAUGAUAAAGGUAGACUGGCGCACGGAAGAAGUGUCCAUAGUGUCGGAACCACCCAAGAUCAACGGUGUGAAUCAUCUCGACGAUGAGGAUCAUAUGCCUCCUCCACGCCCGGUAUCCGCCAAUUCGGAACGAAUAGGCUCUCCGAUGUAUCCUUACAAGAGACAUGAAGCCAUGGUGGCUACAAGCCGAACCGGAACGCCUUCCAACGCCCCGGAGUUCCUCAAUGCUUCAAUAUCAAUUGGAGCGAUCGACAACAGCCUUUCGUGGCCAUGGAAGCACCCUGAUGCGCAGUGGCGCAGCUUUCCGUUUGGCUGGCUGUUUCUUCCAGUUUCGCUUAUUGGUCAACCAUUUUCGCAGAAGACGCGGGACCACUUCUUACCCCUACUCACAUCGACGGCUUGGUGGAGCGGCACUCAGACAGCGCUUCGGCGUGUCUUUAGCCAGGACUGUGAUUUCAAGGAGAGCAUGUUUGCAAGACAAAUUGCAGUCAUGAAGGGCCAAGCCUGGAAUGUCGUCGAGACUCUUAAACAAGUGGACCAUGGGCCCUUAGAACUGACUCGCCGGACAAGGGUUUGCGUUUGGGACGACCUUGUGGAUAUUCCAGUAGCCAUUCCUCUCCGUGUGCCUUCUACUGAUGCCCAGAGACUACGCGCCCGCGAUCGUCAGGAAUCUCAAGAAGAGAUGGACAUCAGUGCUGCGAUGGCAUCGGAGCCCGGCCCACAUCGUGAUUUACUAAGCUUUGGCUCUCCAACACAUGAGUUACCGAAUCCAAAUCGAUUUGAAUUAUCACGCGAUACUACCUCUUUCGAAUCCGGAAGAUCAAGGAACCGGACCACUAGCCCUAUAUCGUUUAACCAGAUUGAUUACGGAAACCUCGACAGCCUUGGCGACGGUGGCAGGGAGCUUGCAAGCAGCUGGGCAACGCUUCCACCUCGACCGACGGAACGUCAUGGUAAAAAAUACGGUAAACGGCCUUCCCAUAGGAAACGAGGUUCCUUAUCACGUCGGGAUAGCACCCCGGUCUUCGGUGGCGAUGAUCUUGAAGGAGACCUUGGCUAUGCUGCAGCAGAAGAAAUGGAUGGCCACGAAAGGAAGGUUAUUGUUGAGCGGCUUGAAGCUGUGAAGAGUAAAAACCCUGUGUUUACGUGGUGCUGA